AUGGACGAUAGCAAAAGCAGCGCCUCCAAGGCGUCGCUCUUUUUGCGCUCGUUUCGCUCGCGCACUGCGUCGUCCACGCAGCCGUCGGUCCCUGAGGCGGGAAACGAUGUGCGCGUGCUGAAUGGCACCAUGCUUGCGGACAUACAUAGUGCGAUCGAUGCGCUGCUCCAGACCAAGCCGGAUGCGCCGGAGCGCCCGCCGCAGCUCCGGUUUUUGAUCGAGACGCUACGGAAACACACCGAGAAUGAGGGGGUACUGCUUGACCCUGCGACGGCGACGCCGCUUGUCUCGUCGCUCACCGUACUCUGCUCGCGGCUGAUGCGGCCCAAGUACGCGCUGGACGUGCGCUUGGGUACUUGCGAGCUGCUCACCGCCACACUCAAGUAUGCAGAAGAGAGCACGGCGCGGUCAGGCAUGCCGGCGCACGACGCCGCUGCGCUCACAGGUUGGAACGCGACGAUGCCGGCGCAUGUGCUCAGCGCGCUCGAUCGCGCUUUGCUCUUUAAGCUUAUCGUGGGGCUCCGUGACGAUAAGGACUGGGAGGCCGCAGCGCUCGUGAGCGAUCCAGGGCGCGCUAUCUACACGCUCUCGUGCCAGCUCACUGCUUUGCAGGCACUCUCGCGCGACGGACGCGACAUCCUCGCCUUUCGCGAGAUCAUUGUCGUGCUCACGCAGUGGAUCGGGCCGGCGUGGGGGUGUAUCAUGCAUCUGCGUUCGCUGGAGCACUCUCCGGAGCACCACAGCUUGCUCACGACGAGCGAGCAAUGCGCCUACACGGUGCUGCACCUCAUGGCGGCCGUGAUCAAGUUCCACGCCUCGCGCCUGUCCUGCGACCAGCUCCAGGCGGCGCUGCUGAGUGUCACGCAGCUGAUCCUCGAACCGUCGGUCCCGUCGUCGACGGCAGACGAGGGAGUGACUGCGGACGAGAUCAGCCCUCCCGUCGGCGACUCGCUCACGCACGGCUUCUCCUACUACGGCCUCGAGGUAAUGAGCCCAUACUUUAGCACGCCGCGCCUCAAGGCGACCGCGCAGCCGCUUCCGGAAAAGCGGGCGCAGUCGCAGGAACGCGCCUCGGAGUGGGUCACGACCGUGAGCGACGCCAAGAUGCCCGAGCUCAAAGAGAGCGAUGUACGGGCGCUCGUCCGGGUGCCGGACGCGGCGAUCUGCUUUGCGUUCCUCCCUCCUGCGUGCAUCACGCCGAUCGUGCACGCCAUGUGCCGCGCACAGGGCCUGCCGGCGCUCCGCGUGGAUGCCGAUGCACUGCUUACCACGCUGCAGUUACGCCGCGACGGCAUGCAGGGCGAAAUGUGGGCCUUUCUCACAAAUCUCUUGCGCAGCCACUGCGCCAACUCGGUGCUGCGGACCGUGUGCCAGCUCUUGUGGCCACGCAAGAACAAGGAGGCAUGGAUGGAUCUGCCGUUUGCCUCGACGCAGCAGCGCGCCGAGCCGUCGGUGCUGGUCGGCGCGCUCCUCUUUCUGCACGCAGCGUUGAUCUGGGCGGCGGAAGACCGCCUCGAGAACGGCAUGCAAAAGUCACGCACCGGAAAGGACGACGGUGCCACGACGCUCCUGUCGCUCCCUGCGAUUGCCGGUGCGGUCCAGGGCGCGCUCGAAAAGGAUAUCGCGGUGCUGGACCUCGCGACGGUCUUGUUCCUCGACGACUACCUGCCCGAGCGCCGCGUGGAUAUGGGUGCGCGUGUCGACCCGCUGCUCGAGCCGCGCGUGCGCCAGGCGCCGGUGCCGCUCUGCACGCUCUUUCGCGAGAACGACGUGCAGGCCGACUGGGACUUGCUGCUGGACCUGCAGGUCCUUGCGAAGCGCCACAUGGCUGUGUGGAAGAGCGCCCAGGGCGCGCGGCCGACGCCCUCGUCGACGAUCUCGAUCAUCAUCAUCCACAUCCUCGUCGAGAUCCUCUCUGGCACGCCGGUCGACUCGCGCGAGAGCGAGCAGGUGGCCGGCGUGCGCGACCGGACCGUGGCUGCGAUGCCGCACCUGUCCUCGCUCUUCUGGUCGCUGGCGCCGCUGCUGCCCGACCAUGUGAUGGUGGACAUGGUGCUCCAAAACCGGCAGCACCACGCCUACGUCCCCAGCUCGCCCGACUGGAUCGAGAAUACGGUGGAGCUUGUGAAUACCUUUUAUCCCCCGCAGCUGCACGCAAGCACGCCGGCGAUCGCGCCCAUGGCGCGAUUCGAAGUCGUUCAGCUGAUCAGCAACAUGUACGACGCAGUGCAAGACAUGCCGCAGUUCCGCAACGAAAUGAUCGAGCAGGUGGUCGUCCCGCUGCUCGAGCGUGCGCUGUGCCUCGAAAACAGCCCCGAGAUCGAAGCGAUGCUGCGCGCCAUGCUGCGCCACGCGGCGACCGUCUCGGCGUUUGACGCGUCUGUCGGCCAGGGCCAGCCUUUUACGCGCCUACGCCACGUCCUGGUCGAGAGCAUCCACCGCGCCCAAGGCCUCGACGCGACGACCGAGCGCAAGCAGGCACGGGCGCAGCAUUCGCGGCAGCAGUCGCUGGGGCCGAGCAACAUGAAUGUCGCGCGCGAGACGCAGGCACGUAUUCAGCGUGCGAUCCGCUCGGUGCGCGACAUGGUCACCAUUUUCUACCAGUUGUCGUUUGCUUUGCCGAACGCGGCAGUGAUGCUUCCGUACGACGUACACGACUCGGACGAGGUGCGCGACCGUGCGCAGGCGUGCAGUGUGUCGCUCUUCCGCGAUCUGCUCGUGCUCGUGCAGUGCAACGACUCGUUCAACCUCACGAGCAGCGGCAUCUCGAUGAGCGGCACCGGCGACGUACGCGCGGAGCACACCUCGACCGAUGCGCGCGCGCCCUACACGAUGCACAUCCCGACGCAAGUGCGCCUGGUCAUCCUCCAGUGGCUGAUGCGCCUGCGUGCGGACCGCCACCACCAAAUUUAUUUUGUGCACAAUGUCGACAAGGACGUUGAACCGCUCGCCCAGCUCAUCCAGCGCACCGACGAGCGCGAAGAGCGGGGGCGAGCGCGCGACGAGCGCCUGGCGCCCGAGACACGCGGCCGCUCGCGCGCACGCGAGCCGAGCGGCGAGCGUGGGUGCAGCGAACGGCGGGCGGAGCCGCGCGAACGCAGUGCGUCGCGCGCGCCAGACGCCCCGAUGCUCUGGAGCGUCCCCGAGACGCUCCAGGUCGACCUGCCCGACGAGGGGUGGCCCAGCACCCUCUGGAAGGUGUAUGCACACGAGCACGUCGACAAUGAGCUGCCUGCUCACGAGCCUGGGGCCGGUGAGCCGCUCGUCAUGCCCACGUCCGAGUAUCUCGGCGUGUUGAUUAACCUGUUGCAGAGUGAGGCGGACUGGGAGAUGGUGUCGUAUAUUAUUGCGCACCUGCCUGCGCAGCUGAGUAACAAGCCGUGCUUCUGCGGUCCCCACACACGCGAGCAGAUCUCGGCGCUGAGCGACUUGCUUUGCACGUUGCUUCUCCAGCAGAAACAGUUCUCCAACCUGAUCCUGCCCGAGGACGUGAAGCGCACCGACAUGUACGCAGUCGUGUACGCGACGAUGAUGGUGCUUGUGAGCUACCGGCGCCUCCUCUCGCGUACGCAGCACGACGAGCUGCUCGAGGCGUUUAUCGCCGGCUUGACCAAGUCGCAAAACACCGCGCAGCCCUGCGUGCGUGCCUUGGUCGUCGCGAGCUACGAGCUGCAAAAGUCCUUUACGCGCCUCGUCGCGGGUGUCCUCGUGAAGCUCUCGACAAUCAUGUCGUCGAUGACGGUGAGCGUGCACAUCCUCGAGCUGCUUGUCGAGAUCAGUGGGUCGCCCGCGCUCUACGCCAACUUUACCGAGUCGGACUACAAGCGGGUGUUUGGUAUCGCUCUCCAGUACAUCCAGUACCACCAGAGCUCGGCAGCAAGUUCGCGCGAGGAUAUCCGCUCGAGUCCUGCCAAGUUCUCCUUGUCGCAGUACGUCAUGAUGCUGGCGUACAGCAACAUUGCGCAGUGGUUUAUCACGCUGCGCCUCAGCGACCGCGCCAAGCAUGUGCCGUACAUCACGCGCGGCCUGAUGCUCGCGAACGAGGGCCGCGAGAAGCUGACCGACCAGACGUUUGUGUGCCUCGACUUCCUUGCGCGCUUUACAUACAGCAACGCGCAGUCAAAGCCUACUCGCUCGCUGAUUCGCUUCCUCGUCACUAGCUCGGAUCCGACGCAGAAAAAGGCGCCCAACGCGGACUCGAAUGCGUCGCAGACAUGGGUCAUGGGCAAGGGGCUCGUGACCAUCACCUCGCUUCGCCGUGCUGGGUGGCUCGAGCUCGUGGUGCGCCGCCCAUCGGGCACGACGUCUAUGGUCGCCAAGCUCGAAAACGAGCCGUCGGCGACCCUCGUCGACGAAGAGCGCAUGGCCGAGGCGCUGCCCAAGACGCUCGCGCGGACGCGCGCACUGAGUGCCUUGUCGCUCCCGUCGCGUACCGCCCCUUCUCCGCUGACGCACUCGGAGUUCUACAAGGACAAGGACAGCGAGGUGCGACGCAAGUUUCCGGGCGCCUUGGCCAAGGAGCGCCCAGCGCAAGAAAAGCCAGCCGAGACGCCCGCGCCCGCGCCCGAAGCCGAGGCACCCGCGUCCGCAGCGCAGGAUACGAGUUCGUCGACGGCCAGUGCCGCGCGCAACCGUGAGAAUGCCAUGAACCCAGCGUAUUUCGCGCUGCAGCUGAGCGCUUUUCCGGAUAUGGUGGUGGACAAAGCUCCGAUUCGUCUGCCGGCAGAGCCGGCGACCGACCGCCUGCUUCGCGCGAUCGACUUGACGCCCGUGUACGACUUCCACAAAAUCGGUGUGCUCUACGCUGGCUUCCAACAGACCACCGAGAAGGAGAUCCUGAGCAACACGCAUGGAUCGUCGGCGUACAUGAAGUUUUUGUCGCGUCUCGGCGACCUGGUCCCGCUGCGUGGGCAGGAGGAUGUGUACACAGGUGGCUUGGACCGCCAGGAGGACGAGCACGGAAAGUACGCGUACGUGUGGAAGGACAAUAUCAAGCAAAUCGUGUAUCACACUGCGACGCUGAUGCCGAACCGCCCCACGGACCCGAAUCACUCAGCCAAAAAGGCACUGAUCGGUAACGAUUGGGUGCACAUUAUCUUUAACGAAGCGAACCAGCCCUACGAAUUUGGAACGAUUGCAAGUCAAUUCAACUUUGUGAAUAUCGUGAUUUCUCCUCACUCGAAGCUCAAGAAUGGCGUCGAGGCGUACGAGGUGAAUGACGACAUGUUCUUCUUCGUGGAACUCCAGCGCCGCCCCGGCCUCCCAGACUUCUCACCGGUGGGCAACGGCAAACUGGUCUCGUUCGGUGCUCUGCCGCGCUUUGUGCGCAACCUUGCGAUGCACUGCGACCUGAUGAGCCAGAUUUACCUUGACACGGGAGAGUCCAUGGUGCCGUACACCAGCAACUGGGUCACCAGGUUGCACCAUGUCGAGCGCUACCGUGCCAAGCUCGAGGCGGGUCGCCUGGAGGCAGAUCAAACGGACAUGGAUCCGGCUGUGGACCAGCGCGACUAUACCCGGUUGUUUGACAACUAUUAA